UGUGUGUGUGUGUGUGUGUGUGCUGGGGCGAUUGUGAAUUCUCCUCGCGCCCCUCGUCAGUUCCCAGCCAAGCGGAUCCCGUGAUCGUGCGGGAUCCGGCCGCGGGGGCGCCCUGUGCGUGCCAGCCUGUGUGUUUGUGUGCGUGCGUGUGAGUGUGUGAGAGGGAGAGAGGGGGAAAGCAGGAGGGAGGGGGACCGAGAGACAGGCAGCCACCUCUCGGCACCCGACUGCGGCAUCACUGCCCGAUCGAAGCCCCCCAGGACAAAAUCGCAAACUUCUGGAUGGGGCCUUCCGCGAUAGAGACCCAUCGUCGCUUGGGGGUCGCGUAGUCACCGGCCCUUCAAGAAGAUAACCACCUCCCUUAAGAAAGAGGGAAAGGGUGACAUCCCAUCCCACUCCCAGCCACCCCUUGGAAGGUUGGAGCGAGAAAAGAGAGAUAACUAAGAAUAAAAAGCAGGAAAGCGAUGCAGGUGCGGUGGAAGAGCAAGGAUCUCAAAUCUCCGGUGGGAUUCUAACAGCAAGGUCCUUGCGCUGCAUUUGGCCAGUGGCUCCCCCUGUCACCUAGGAUGAGUAACUGCAGCAGCCGCGCCCUGACCCUGCUGUCUAGUGUUUUCGGAGCUUGUGGACUUCUCCUGGUGGGCAUCGCCGUCAGCACUGACUACUGGCUGUUCAUGGAGGAAGGGAUUGUGUUUCCGCAGAACCAGACCACCGAGAUAGUCAUGGCACUGCACGCUGGGCUCUGGAGGGUCUGUUUCUUUGCCGGUCAGAAAAAGGGCAGCUGCGUUGCUUCCGAGUACUUCCUAGAGCCCAGGCCUGAUCCUGACCCGGAAGGCCCCCUCGUAACGGAGAACACAGAAAACAUACUUAAGACCAUCCGCACAGCCACCCCUUUCCCUAUGGUCAGCCUCUUUCUCGUCUUCACAGCAUUUGUCAUUAGCAACAUUGGACAUAUCCGCCCCCAGAGGACCAUCCUGGCUUUCGUUUCAGGAAUCUUCUUCAUCCUCUCUGGGCUCUCUCUGGUGGUGGGCUUGGUUCUGUACAUCUCCAGCAUUAAUGACGAAGUGAUGAACCGCCCCAGUGGCUCAGAGCAGUACUUCCAAUACCGCUACGGAUGGUCCUUUGCCUUUGCUGCUUCUUCCUUCUUGCUCAAAGAGGGCGCAGGGGUGAUGUCUGUCUACCUCUUCACCAAGCGCUACGCUGAGGAGGAAAUGUACCGCCCUCACCCAGCCUUCUACCGGCCACGCCUGAGCGACUGCUCCGACUACUCCGGCCAGUUCUUGCACCCCGAAGUGUGGCACCGUGGACGUAGCCCCUCUGACAUCUCCAGCGACGUUUCCAUCCAGAUGACUCAGAACUACCCACCAGCCAUCAAGUACCCUGAACAUAUGCACAUAUCCACCUCACCUUGCUAGACGCACCAGAGAACGAGCUGGACAAGGAAGCCAGCUUUCGCUUGCAGACUAUAUCGUUCUACCCCAACCUGCCUAGGAGACUCCCCUACCAGUGUGGGUUGUCUUCCCCUCUCUAAAGACUCUUUACCACCUACUCUGCUAGAAAUGUCCUCUCUCUCUUUCUCUUUCUUUCUUUCUUUC